AUGUCGGUUGUGAUAGCUUUCCUAAAUUUCGCUAGAGCUGUUCGCAAACACCUUGGAGCUGAGACGGCUGUGUUUUUGAGAAUCAUCGUUGCCUCCCAAUUUCAUAUGCUGUUUUACGCUUCACGCACUCUUCCGAACACAUUUGCCUUUAUCCUAGUCCUGACCGUUUAUCAUAGAUGCUUGGAAAAUCGGUACGAGAGCGCUGUUCGUUGGGCAACUGCGGCUGUGGUGCUGUUCAGAUGUGAGUUAGUUCUGCUGUUUGCCCCAAUAUUCCUGCGGGUUAUCUUCACAGGGAGGCUUCCUCUUUUUGGAUGGGAUGGUGCACUGAUUAACGGAGUGAAAACUGCCAUCAAAGUGCUUUGUAUAACUAUUCCCUUGGACUCUUUCUUUUGGCGCCGUCUCGUGUAUCCCGAGUUUGAGGUAGCAUUGUUCAACAUACUCCAUAACAGAAGCCGUGAAUAUGGUGUAUCACCCUUCUUGUGGUACUUUUAUUCAUGCUUACCACGAGGGUUGAUGGCGAGCCUUCCGCUGGCGGUGUUGGGGAUGUUUCUGGAGCGUCGACUGAAAGCUAUUGUUCUUCCAGCCCUUGUGUUCAUUUUCCUGUAUAGCUUCCUACCUCAUAAGGAGCUCAGGUUCAUCUUAUACUCGUUUCCACUACUGAACAUCUCGGCAGCCGUGUUCUGCGCAAGAAUGUAUAUUAAUCGGGAGAAGUCUCUAGCACGUCGUCUGCUCUACUAUGGCUGCUGUUUACACAUUGUGGCAAAUCUCUUAGCUACAGCUGCAUUUCUUUAUGCUGGCGCUAGAAAUUAUCCUGGUGGAGAUGCAAUUGCUCACUUGCAGUGGACACAACGAGUUGACGCUCACAAACCGAUAUCUGUUUACAUCGAUAAUGCAUGCGCUCAGACAGGAGUCAGCCGAUUCAUGCAGCUUUACGAUGCUUGGGAGUACAACAAGACGGAGACACUGACACCUUUCGAAAUGGAACGGUUUGAUUUUCUCAUGAUCGGCACGUAUUCUGGAGAUCUGAAGAAGAUUGUGCAGACAAACUACUCGACUCAUCAUCGUGUGAUGUUUGCCGUGCCGGCGUUUCAUCGCUUCAACAUUAAGAAGACGUCGUCUUUCCCGUUUUACUAUCCAGAAAUGGUGUUAAAAGAAAAAGUGGCCGUGUUGAGGAAGAAGUAG